AUGAAACUAUACCUCAACGAGUACCCGCGAGCUUUUAUACUCGUCAGUGACCAGUAUGCACUAAUAGUGCGACACCCAUAUCCUCGCUACAAAUAUCAUCAUCAUCAUUUGCAUCACCACCAUCACCAAGAACCCACCUCGGACUCGGCCAAGAGCAAAUCUAGCAAAGUCAUUGUUGAGUUUGUGAGAAAAGAUUCGCUCAAUUUGUCAAAAUAUGUGGACUUGACUAUCGCCAAGGGCAGAGCACAGAACUUGAGUGGGUUUUUGGGCCUCUUGAACGUAAAGGACAAGUUGUAUCUUGUGUUCGUCAGCAGUGCCGUGACAGUAGCCACGCCUCGAGUCGAUGAAGAUGUGCAAAAGAUCACAGGUGUUGAAAUAUUCUGUCUUAAUAGUGACGAAUUUGACUGGCAAUUUCUGAAACUGUUUCAUACUCCGGUGUCUUCAGGCUUGGAGGAUGAUUACUUUGAGCUGCAAUCUACCGAUGAGAAACUGCUGCUGGCAGAGGGUCCGGUGCCUUCUGUGCGUAAACUAUUAUCCCUGGGAUCGUUCUUUUUCUCGCAUCAGUUCGAUGUAACGUCUACUAUACAAGAGAGAGGAUUUCGAGAUAUGCAGCUGCCAAAAUUCUCUCUAAUGGGAGAUCUGCCAUACCAAAGACAGUUCAUGUGGAACUCAUUCCUUGUAUCAGAACUUAUAGAAUUCAGGGGACGGUUGACACCAUAUGAACAGAUAUGCUUCGAUUCCAGUGGCUUUCUCGUUACUAUCACCAGAGGUUAUGCUAAGACUGUCAACUCUACUUUGGGCAACGGUGAAGAGGUCUUGCUCACGUUGAUAUCAAAACAAGCUUGCGCAAAGAAUGGGCCUCUAUUUGGUGAUUGGGGUAGCGAUGAUAACGGACAUGUAUCGAAUUUCGUUGAGUCAGAAUUGGUUCUUUUCGGAUCCAAAUUCUGUUUAACAUAUAUAAUGGUCCGUGGAAAUGUGCCAAUCCUUUGGUCGCUCGAGACUCAUAUUUCAAAGAGAACUCUAGCAGCUAAAAAGAACAAGAAAGUGGUCUUUCCACGAUCUUUCGAAGCGUCUCAGGUUGCGUUUACCAAACACCUCGACUUGUUGUCUAACCAGUAUGGUGACAUCCACAUUUUAAACUCCCUCUCCCAAGAUACAAAGACCUACAAAGGAAAACUCAACAUCACCUUCAAAGAACAUAUCAACUACUUUUUGGAACAUAGAGGUAAUGACCCACAAACUGCAACGAACUAUAAGCUAGGCUAUACCGAUAUUCCUGUUGCUACCUCAUCAAUGAAGAAAGCAGACUAUACCGCUGUCAAUCCUCAUGAAUAUUCGCAGUCCAUAGCCAAGUUGGUGUUGAAUUUCGGUGCACUUUUUUACGACAUUGACUCACGAACCUACGUCGGAAAGCAGCUCGGGGUCUUUAGGGUCAAUUCUUUCGAUAGUUUGAGCAAAGCAAGCUUUUUAUGCAAGAUCAUAAGUCAAGAAGUUAUUGAACUUGCAAUGCGAGAUUUGGGAAUUGAUGCUGGCCAUGAUUUACUCUCUAAGCACGCCAGGUUGUGGGCUGAGACUGAUGAGUAUCUUCGGAAUAUUACUAUCAACUUUGUUUCUUAUACCGAUAAGCUUCACUCUUCCAGUGCAGCCUCAAAAGGAAUCGUUCCAUCCCAAUUGAAGAAGAGAUAUUUGCACACUGUACUGGACCACAAACCAGGAGAAAUGGCUAUCUUGAAGCUCUUGGGAGCGUUGCAGGAUCAGGUCAGUGUCUCCCUUCAUAACCCUUUGCAUGAUUAUGUUACUAAGGAACUUGAUCGUCGAGAAAAGGAAUUUACAUCUCAACGAGAUAUACUGGUGUUUGCAAGUACUUUCAAUGUCAAUGCCUCAUGUGAAGAUCAAGAUAAGUUCAAAAGCUGGUUGUUUCCUCCUGGGAGCUCUGGUGACUAUGAUCUUGUGUUCAUUGGGUUGCAGGAAAUCGUUGAGUUGACAGCGUCACAGAUGGUUGAUACGGAUUCACUCAGAAGGCAAAUGUGGGAAAUGCACUUGAGGGUUUGCCUCGAAGCUAACAAUACGACUCAAUCAAGAUACAUUCUUCUAUGGAGUGGCCAGUUGGGAGGUAUUGCUUUGUUUCUCUUUGUCAAGCAACUGGAACUCAAAGAGAUACACGAUGUAGAAGGAUCGUUUAAAAAAACCGGCUUUGGUGGUGUUAGUGCUAACAAAGGUGCUGUGGCAGUGAGAUUCAACUAUUCCAAUACUGGUCUUUGUUUGGUUGCAUCUCACUUUGCAGCUGGACACGGAAAUACAAUCGAACGACAUCAGAACUUCAAAACGAUUGGAAAGGGAAUCAAGUUUUCCAAAAAUAGAAGAAUCAAAGAUCACGAUGCUGUCAUCUGGCUAGGCGACUUUAACUACCGGAUUAACUUACCACUAGAGCAAGUUCAUGCUUUGGUCGAAAAGAAAGACUUCCCAAGGCUCUUUGAGUAUGAUCAGUUGAACCAACAAAUGGCGAGUGGUGAGAGUUUCCCCUACUUUGACGAGAUGGAGUUGCGGUUCAAACCGACCUACAAAUUCGACAACGGAACCAGCACCUACGACACUUCUGAAAAGCAGCGUAUUCCUGCCUGGACUGACCGUAUCUUGAGUCUCUCGAGAAAAAAAAUUAUCAAGCAGCACUUGUACGAUUGCAGUGAUGAGAUAAAGUUUUCCGACCAUAGGCCAGUGUACGCUACUCUCACUGUAUCAAUAAGUGUGGUCAACGAGACAGUGAAGAAGAACUUGACUCAUGAACUCUACGAGAAUUACCGCAAAAACUACGGUGAUAUUAAUGAUAUGAUUGUUACAAACACAAAUUUAUCAUUCUUGAUCUCGGAAGCGGACGACAAAGUGCUACCACCUCCUAGCAGUGAUACCACUAAAUGGUGGUUGUCCAAUGGGAUGCUGGCAAAGAUUACCAUUCCUGAGCUCAGUGGACCUAAUGCCGACCAAUUUGUAUUCAAUCCAAAGUAUCCUCACAAUCCCUUUCUGGAAACUGAGGAGCCAGAGUUCAUAUUACGAUCACAACUUGCACAAUAG